AUGAAGAUGCCCCUCAACCGGUCCCUGUUCACGUGUGGCUACCAGGCCUGGGCGGCUUGCGACGGGGGCCUCAGGUGUGGCCAGAGCGAAUGA